AUGAGUUUGGAUCGUGUCAUUCAGGAUUCUGAUGAGGAUGAACCCUUCGAGGGGGAUGGACUCCCCACCUCUAUCAACCCUCCCCACUCCUCCGAGAUCGCAUUGCAGCAGGAAUAUCAACAUCACCCCGCCGAACAGACAACCCACAAUGCAGGGUGUGAACAUGGCCCUGCUCCUGAUGAAAGCAUGUUUCCACAACUGAACGUCAAUUUUGACGAGUUUCUCCAAUCGCAAGAAAAGGGCCAUUCAAUGCUAUCGUCGUCGCAGCAGCGGCGGGAGCACAGAUGGAUCCCCUCAACUAGUGAGGGCGGAAGUGGAUCGGUUGGCGCUAUGAUCACGGAGAUCGGACUCGCGCAGAGAAGACUUCUGGACGACGAUCCUUCAAGUGCAAGCCUGCCGCUCCCUUCUACGGCUGCGCUGUACUCGACAGAACCAUUUCAGUCCGUGCCGUUUCCUACCAUACCAAGCUACCACCCGUAUCAUAUGGACCAACCGGAGAGUGACAGCUUCGCAUAUAAUCCAGCACCCAUUGGCACCCACGCCGAUGCAAAUCAGACUUCAUUGCCCCCCAGACAGGGUAUCUAUGAUUUGACUCCUCCCGACACCACUAACUCAAUGGCCUUGCCUCCGAAAAUUGUCCCUCACCAAACUACCGAGCCCUCCAUGGAACAAAAAGAUCAACACCCAAACCCACCUCAGGAAGCCUCACAGCCCAAAUCUCAGCAGACGUGUCCCAAUUCUCCCCAUGACACUGAGCCUCUCUCCUCCAUCACAUCCAUGCGAUUUAGCGAAGCAAAGACUACUACCGCCGGAACCAGUCUCAUUUCCCCGCAGCAAUCCCAGUCAAGCACGCACGACGAGCUUUCUCUGCCAGCUGUCAUACCAACUGUGCCAGACGUCGAAACGCUCAGUGUAAAGAAAAGGCGAGGAAGGCCCAAGAAACAACUUGUGCCAGAUAACGACGAAGAUGAUGAGCUAGCCAACUCUCGGGACUACGAGUUCAAACACCCUGGCGCAAAUGGUGCGAUUGACCCCUCCGAUAGCGAAGCGAUCACGGAAGAUAACACCACGGCCUUGAGUGGCAUCUCCGAAGAGACUGACGAGAAUAAUCUAGAAGCAGCCCCCAAGCCUGCAAAAUCAGGACCCAAGGAGCCGAAAAAGAAGAAAGCCAAAAAAGGCAAGACGACACCCGCCCCCGGGCCUGAUGCCGAUGACGACGUGAUAUGGGUGGAUACGAAGCCUCUCAGCGUGGAGCCCUCAACCGGGAGCGCCACUCCACAGACAGAAAUUCCCGAGCCCCCAAGACAGGAUCUAGACUCCAAUGUUCUGGACACAAACCCGACUGUCACCCCCCAGGCACCGAUUCCCGCAGUUGAAGAGAAGACCCUGAACGCCGAAAAAGCAGCUCCCAAGAAACGUGGCCGCAAGCGAAAGCAGACAACCGAGCAAGCGGAAGCACCAUCAGAGUCCGCAGAUACACCCGAACCAAACAAUACGGCCUCGGGAGCCCAGACUCCUGAGUCGAAGUUGGCCGUCGUUGUCGAUAAUAGUCCCAAAUCCAUACUGGAAGCUAACACCAGUAACAACGAUACAGCUGCUAUCCAAAGCAAGGACCAGAACCCCCAUCCACUUCCUGCUCCUGAUCCUCUCCCUGAGCCUACAAUUGAUAGCCCUCAACCUCAGACUCCUUCGAAGCCUGAUGCUGCAUCUGUUAAUACACCACAGAAUGCAGGCAAGGGCCCGGAUAAGCAUAGUCCCAUCUCGGCGCGGAGUGGGGUGCCUUAUCGCGUGGGGUUGAGCAAGAAGGCGAGGAUUGCGCCGUUGCUUAAGAUGGUACGGAAAUAG